GCCAAGAUGUCCACGCACACCGGACGGGUCUCCGUGGCGGCGAUCCUGCCGACGAUCGUGGCGGUGACGACACUCCUGGUAGCAGCAGCAGUUCCGCCCAGCCGGGCCGCUAGUGGCGGUUGUACGUGCGGGAUCCGGAGUGCGCAGAACUCGACCAUCUACCCGGGCGUAGCGAUCGAGCCGGGUGAGUGGCCCUGGCAUACGCUCAUCUACUACUGGACCGGAUCGCGGCUCGAUCCGCCGGCCCGCAUCUGCGAGGGGGCCCUGCUCAACGAGCGGUUCGUGCUGGCCGCGGCCCACUGUCUGACGCGGGCAGGUCGGGAGCUCCUGCCGAUCGAGCAGCUCGUCGUGCACGUCGGGGCCGUCUCGGUGCAGCAGGACAACGAACACUCGCGCCGGUUCCAGGUGCGUAACGUCACCGUCGAGGACGAGUCCGACCUGGCGCUGAUCGAGCUGGUGGUGGUGGUGGCGCCACCGAAACUAGUCGAUGGUCUCGGUCUCGACUCCGACUCGGACGACAGCAGUGGAGGUGGCCCGGCGGUGGAUCCUGUGCCAGCGCCGGUGCCGGUGCCGGCCGGUAACCGAUGGCAGCCGAUGCCGGUCUGUCUGGUCGACGCGCUCGACCUGACGACCCUCUACGGCACCGAGAUGUACAUCCUGAACCAGAGCCAGCGCAAACGGCUCGGAGGCUACGAGCCGGUCCGGCUUGUCCUGGACGAGUUUCUGCUCUGCUCGGGCUCGACGCUCGCGCUAAAGUCCCGGUCAAUUAACAGCACCACCGUGUCGUUCACCAUCAAAGAUCUCAACCUGCCCAGCAACGACCGGGGGACGGCACUCUACUUCAAGCACCGGGGCACCUGGGCCCUACUCGGGUUUACCGUAUCCCGCGCCAGCCGCCAGUGGACCCCCGGCUCGGUCUGCCUACCGACCGACAUCAUCUCAUUCGACAUCCUCUACCCGGCCCUCCACUGGGUGAUGGACGCACUGGACUACGGUGACGCGAACAGCUAGGAGAAGGAGUGGCACAUCCGCAUGAACUGUGGCAUUGUUUUCGCUUUUACGUCCCGUUCCCCCGCGGGAGGCCAUUGUAGGGGCGUUUGAAACAAUAAAUAAGUGACUGGGACACCUGA